CGCUGUCAGAGCACUGUAGCUUUUUAGGACAGCGACAAAGGAAGACCGCAAGAGGAAGAAAACCAUCACAAACUUAUACUUAAACGUCAAGCCGAGUCUUGUUGUUGUUGUUGUUAUUGUUUCUGUUUUCAUUAUGAAAGCCAUCAGUCCCGUCCGCUCGGUGAGGAGCUGUUACAAGGCCGUGUGCUGCAUUUCGGAGCAGAGUCUCGCCAUCAGCCGGAAUAAACACUCGUGUCUGGAGGAGCCGGUGGGCGCCCUGUGCGACAUGAACGACUGCUACUCUAAGCUGAAGGAGCUGGUGCCGAGCAUCCCGCAGAACCAGUCGGUCAGCCAGGUGGAGAUCCUGCAACAUGUUAUCGACUACAUCUUCGACCUGCAGAUCGCGUUGGAGGCGGAGGACACAGCCACGCCGGAGAUGGUUUUGUCAAUAAAGACUGCCGACCUUGCUCGCAAUUUCUCCAAAGAAGAAGGACGGUUGUGCCAUUAGGACGAGGAUGGCAGACCAUGGUGCAGGGAAACACAUGUCUCCACUUCACUCCGGGCAAGAGGACAAGAGGGGCAGAAAGGGUGGGAUAGGUAUUUGGGAGAGAAGGAGAAGGAGGAGGGAGGUGGAGGGUUUAAAGAAGAAAAGACAGAAAAAAAUGGACUGUUUCCUAGAUGAGUGGGGAUCAACAGUGGUGUAUGAGCAAGAAAACAGAGACUCAUUCUUUGGCCCCUGGACAGACAAAUCAACACACCAAAGCAGAAGCCAGGAUUGGAAACUGAAAGUGACCGGCUUUGUAUGCCCUCCUCCAAAAAAAACUGGGAUCCCUUAUAGGUAGAAAUAGAAACAUUGGUACAUUGUUUUAUUUUCCUUGUUUGUAUUGCAUUCCAAACCAACUUUAUGGGGGUUAAACUCCACACCCAACCUAAACCCUUUCUACACCAAGUCUCACAUUAUCUCACAUAAUUGUCCCAGCCUUAUUUCCACCCUCUAAUCUGAUUUCUAAUGAUCUGGAGACUAUUACAACUUCAUACGAAUGUGUACAUAUCUGCUGUGGGUAUGUAAGGUGUGAGUCAAUUUGGAUGUUGGUAUUUUUUUCUGAAUGGGAGUUUGGGUUUUCUUAGGUAUAAUCAGAACUCUAUACUAGAGUUAAUUGUAAAUGUUUGUAGGGAUUGUGUUAUUUCUACAGACAAUGAACUGUGAGUUUCAUAAACUCUUUAUAAUAAUGUUUGCUUUGUAUGUAUGUAUGUUCUUAUGUAAUGAAAUAAAAAAAAGAUGUGAAA